GGCGACAGUGGGCAUCCUUUUCGGAUCAGCAAGAAGACGGAUGACGCAUCCGGGCCUUUUCGGGGCACAGGAGCUUACACAUAGAUAGACUACCCAGCCAGAACCCAGUUGACUGCCUUUCGUGACACAUCAACCACUUCGAAUCUCCCGCUGAAAGUUCACGCGUUCGUUUCUUCCACUUUGUGCUUAAAUUCACAGUGUCUAUUCAAGCAGUUGUUUGGCUGUAGAUCUUCAUAAUGCAUAUUGCCAUUGAAGGAUGCUCUCAUGGAGAGCUGGAUACAAUAUACAGAGCUAUUCAAAGAUUGGAGGAGAUACACAAAUUAAAAGUUGAUCUCCUUAUUUGCUGCGGGGACUUCCAGUCAGUUCGAAAUGAGCAAGAUUUAAGGUGCAUGGCCUGUCCAACCAAAUAUAUGGAGAUGCAUGAUUUCUACAAGUACCACUCUGGAGAAAAGCAAGCCCCUGUCCUAACUAUAUUUAUUGGGGGCAAUCAUGAAGCCUCUAAUUACCUUCAAGAGUUACCUUAUGGUGGAUGGGUAGCACCUAAUAUAUACUACAUGGGUUAUGCUGGUGUUGUCAGAUUUGGAGGACUGCGUAUAGGAGGCCUCUCGGGCAUUUACAAAGGCCCAGAUUAUUUAAAAGGACAUUUUGAAAAGUCUCCUUAUUCUGGGGAGACAGCACGCAGUGUUUAUCAUGUCCGAAACUUAGAAGUGUUUCGUCUCAAACAGCUUUCUGGUGAAAGUGAUAUCUUCAUUUCACAUGAUUGGCCACGUGGAAUUUAUCACCAUGGACCUAAAGAGCAGUUACUUAAAUUUAAGAAAUACUUUAGAAAGGAUAUAAUGUCAAAUACACUUGGUUCCCGGCCUGCUGAAGAGCUUUUGAAGAAACUAAAACCAAAAUAUUGGUUUUCAGGACAUUUACAUAUAAAAUUCGCUGCUUUACUUAAACAUCAGGACGAAAAUACACACAAACCGAAGAUUACAAAAUUCUUGGCGCUCGACAAGUGCUUGCCGCGUCGGGACUUCCUCCAAGUAAUUGAAGUUCCAACCACCGAACCGUUAGAAUUAAAAUAUGAUGCAGAAUGGCUGACUAUCCUUCGUCUUACCAACCACCUUCUUUCUGUUAGUAGUCGUGCUGUCUACAUGCCAGGGCCUGGUGGCACGGAGAG